ACCGUCCCUGGCUUACCAGAAAUUACCACUGAUGCCACCGCGAACGCUCGAACAAAACAUCGCAAUCUCCUGCCGAGGAUUCUCCCUUCACUUCCGAUCAAGCGUCCCCCAUCCCCAGCACUCCCGAUCCGGCGGCGCCACCCCGUCCACUGCUCCGGUGCUGGAAGCGAGGGAUCCGACGCUGCGCCGCGCCUUCAUGCCGCCGUUCCCCACCUCUGCCGCCACCGCCGGAGGUGGAGGUGUGGACUUCUCCACCGGAUCCGCGGCCACGGCAGCGCUGCCCUCCUCUUCCCGCAAGAAAAGUUGGUGCGCCGGUGAGGACGCGUUGCUCCGGCAGGUUGGCGGUGUCGCGAGCCUCCACAGCCCAAGUACUGCUGCGAGGAACGGAGUUGCAAAGGAGAUCAAGAGCUAACCCAAAGUUGAUGGU